UGAAGAGAGUAGUUUAUUAUUUAACUGUGAAUAUUCUGAAAACAAAAACUGAAGCUUUCAGAAAAAAUACAAACAAACGGCCUGGUAUUAAAACAAAAAUAAAAUUAUUUUUCAGAUCCAAUACUUAUCCCAUUGUUGUUAUACACAAUUAUUAAGUAAUGCAUUGGAAUGUUUUUUCUCGAUUUCGAUGAAAAACAAGUAGCUUUGAUAUUGAGUUCUUUCCGCUUUCUUUCUGUUACUUUUUACGAUGGAUUCCGAAGAUUCCAAAGAGAUAAAGGUAGAGAAUAAUAAUGCACCGAUUUGCCGAUGCUGCUUAUCUACAGACCGGCGUAUGAACAAAAUUGAUGACUUCUGCUACCUGCUUUUGGAUUUGGCUGGUAUUAUUGUGUCAGAAUCAGAUGGUCUUCCCAAAUAUGUAUGUUGGGAGUGCUCUGCUUUGCUUAGGAAAUCUGUGAGGUUCAAACAGAAAGUAUUACAAAUCCAUUCAACAUUGUGCGAUUAUAAUAAUAGAUGUGCUCCUUUCUCAAUAGAUGGCCAAGAUCCAGAGCUUACUCAGUACUCUAUGCCCUACUUAGUUAAAACACCCACACUGACAUUUUGUAACAAUCCAAAGAGUAAAACAGGGUUUUAUGAUGUAUUGCAGCAUGAGACACAAAGACUAGACAUAGAGUUGUUACCUCUAGCGCAGGAUAUAAGUUCGGACUUAAAACAUAACAUAAUUAACAAAGAUAAUAUAAUUAGUGAUUUAAUCAAGAAUGAAAAUGUUCAGACUGAUAAUGAAGAAGAGUUUUUACCUGAUAGCGGUGAUAGAACUAAUGAUACAGAUGAUUCAAAUGAAAGUGUUUUAGAUGUUAAGAAGUUACGAGUCAGAAAGAGAGUGAAAAUUAAGAAUAAAGAACAUACAACUGAAGUGAAGGUCAAUCGUAGAGUUAAAAAUAGUAAGCCGGACAUAGAUGAAACUAAGAUACGCGUUGUUAGAUUAGAUCCAAUGGAACAGCUCAAACAGAGAGAGGAGGAAUGUAAAAAGACACUGAACUUCCCAUAUGUAUGCCAUUUGUGUUACAAAGGUUUUCUUUACGAGUCUAAACUGCAAAAUCACAUGAAGAAACAUAGUCCUUCACGUGGUUCGUACAAAUGCGAGAUAUGCUUUAUGUAUUUACCAACGAACUACAGUCUGUCCGUACAUAUGUUGAUACACACGCGGCGGUUCGAAUGCUUACAAUGCGGAAGACAGAUGACAGACAAGGAUUCUAUUAUUAAUCAUUAUAGAACAGAACACGAAGGUAUAAUAUCCAUGUUCACAUGUCAUGUCUGUGGGAAGAUAUUCAACAAUUGUAAAACGCUCCGCGGCCAUGUUCGUAAUCUUCACACACUGAAGCGGGUGAAAUGUGAUGAAUGCGACAAGACACUCAUCAACGCCGACGCAUUGGCUGAACAUAAAUUGAUUCACCAAGGCGUAAAGGAACACGCGUGCGGUGUUUGCGGCAAACGGUUUCGUACACGACAACAGAUGAGGUAUCAUCAGACUAGGCAUAGUGAUGCUAAGAAUUACUACUGUGUGGAGUGUGAUAUUAGAUUUAAAACCUCGCAUGCGUUGAAUCAACAUCUCAAAAAGACUUCCAAACACAUAGAUGAACAAAGUCUAAUUCACCCGUGUCCCCGUUGUAGCAAGCGCUUCGCAAACCUAUCGGAAUUGACUCACCACCUCUCCGUCCAACAUGACGGUGUCCGCGCCCACCGGUGUCCGACAUGUCCGGCUGCGCUCGCGACAAAAUCGUCCCUACAAAAACACGUGCGAAUGGUGCACUCCGGUAUCAAGGUGCACGCAAAACACGUGUGCGAUACGUGCGGACGUGUAUUUAAUGCAAAAAGCACUCUCACGAACCACAUUCGCACACACACGGGCGAAAAGCCGUUUGAGUGCGAGCAGUGCGGACGACAUUUCGCCCAACGGACCGCACUCAAGACGCACGUCAAACUCGUGCAUCUGAAACUUCAUAGGAACGCUAAGAUAAAACCAAAACAACCUGAAGAUAUUAUUAAAUAUAAGGAAGAGUCGCCAUUAGUUUUCGAAUGGCCGCGACAGAGUGCGCCUGGUUGCGAAUUCUUUACCGUAACAGCCGGACCGUAGGGCCAAAACAUACAUUAGUUGGAGUUAUAUCGCCACUCCAUCGAUAUUGUCAUCCACAUAGCGGAUUCAGUAAGCAUCAUAUAGGUAAAGUGCGAUCAUAAUAUGUAAUUCAAUUUGAUUUAUUCUAACUCUACAUAUUUCUCAUUUUUAAUCACUAUCUACCAAAAAAAAUUCCACCCAGGGAGACUUGCAAUUACCAUUCUCGCACAAGGGAGCUUUCGAGUAUUACUUCACGCAAUUUUUGUCUUCUUUUGUGUUUCUUGACCUCCCCCUCUCCAUGUAACGCGCCGUAUCGUUUUGAGAUGUCAUAUGUCAUAAAAAAUUAUUAUGAUACCAAAGUAUAGAACAAAUAAUUACAAAACAAAUUAUGAUGCUUAAAAUUAAUAGAAAGAAUCUCAACGAUUAAGUAAACAACAAUAAAAAUCAACGGUCAUCUUCUAUGGAAUGACGAUAUUUUUUCGACAUAUAAUUAUAGUUAUUUUUCAAUGUUCAAGGUCUCACAGCUGAGACUUUUUGAAUCCCGGCAUUGUUUUAUUUUUUAAUAUGUAUUUAACACGAAGUGGAGGUGUCGCAGCCAACUACCUUAAUUAGACGUUUAAAUAGUUUAAUAUUUAUAUAUGCCUAAGUAUUAGCCAGUCAGCCAUGCGUACGAUAGAGUCGAUAUUUGGCCAACCUAAGGCUGCGACAAAGACAUCGUGAGAAAGCUGACAAAAAUCAUGAAUGCUUUGUCCCUAGUGAUCAAAGAAAAAUUGAAUCAAGAUCAAAGCCCAUAUAGAAUUGUAACGCAAUUAUUAUUUUACUUUUAGUUAUAUAAGUCAAACGUUUAAUUAAGUUAUCUACAAAAAUCGUAAUUGUUAAAAAAAAAUUGGAGCCUACACCGAAUACAGCAUAAUUUGCCAUGGAUAUAUAUAUAUAUAUAUAUAUAUAUGGAUUUGUUCUCUUGACUUAAAAAAAAUGGGGUGUUUUUUUUUAAGUCGAAAAAUAAAUAAUUGCGAAACAGAUGUCUGAGUCCCCAACCUAAAACCACUCGUUUUAUUUAUUUUUAGAUAUAUAAAUCUCAAUCCACCGUUUUGUGUUUUGUUGGAUACAAAAAAGUUUUAAAGAUUUAUGUACAAAAGUAAAGCUCUUAUCAAAAGUAUAAAAUUUAAAUUGGUAAAUAUAUUUUUAAGAUGUGUGUAUAUAACAUUAGGUAAUCUGUGUGUGCUAAGAUGUGUCAUGUUUUAAUUAAAAAAUCCACCUGUGUACUAUUUUUUAUUAAAUUUGUAAUACUGUAUGAAUGGAGACUUAAAUUUGACUUUGCUUUUCUUCUCUAAAUCUGUAUGAGUUUGUAUAGAUGACAAAUAGUGUACAUGAUGGUUUUUAACACCACCUAAAUAUUGCAUUUUAUAAUUUUUUGUAACAUUAAUCUUAUUAGUUCCAUCAUUUUCUUAAGUGUCAUAGGUACUAUACAAAUAGGACUAUUUGUAUCCAGUAUCCAAUAUUAAGUUUGGUAUAAUGCCCAAAAUAAAUUAAAGCAGGCACAGCUAACCCGGCCCCUCUUCCUAUGUGCCCCAAUGGGUGUGACAAUAGUUGGUAUUCUUACCUUUCCUACUAAAUUCUACUAACAAAAUCAAACGUUAACAGUUUAUUUUAACGAGAUCUAGAAAGUGGUGUGUAUAAAGAGGCUAUUAAGUAUUUUAGAUUACUUUUUGAUAAAAUAAAAGAUUUGAAAAUA